AAACUGUCAGAUUGUGGGGGUGUCCUUGAAACUGUCAAAUUGAAGGGGCUCUCGUGGCGGGGGGUCCUUGAAACUGUCCGAUCGAGGGUAUUCCCGUGGCGGGGCUCCUUGAAACUGCUUACCUAACGACUGCCGGAGGGGGGGUUUUUUGAAACUGCCGAAGCGGGGAUUGUUUUUGUUCCGGCGGAUCUUUAUUCCCUUUAACGUCUGUUUAAAGGGGCCGGGCUCCUCCUGCUGAUAGGCCCCGAUCAUGUCGGCGCCGGUGGUGGCGCCUGGGCCAGGGCCUGGGGCCGGGCCGGUCGCCGCGAUGGCGAAAGGCGCCGCCAGGCGGCCCGCGGCCUCCCCCAACCGCGAGUCCCCGCCGCCGCCGCCGGGCUCGGGGAGCCCGAUGCCGCCCGGAGCCGGUGAGCUGGCCAGCAUCUUCGCCCCGGAGCUGGACGGGGAGGUCGGCGAGAAUGUCAACGGGGAGCUGGAGCCCGACCUGGCCUCCAAGUUUGUGUUGGUGAGUCCAAGUUUGGAGCAGUAUGACUGCCUGCUGAAACAGUUGCGUGAGCGAAUGGAUGAGGGUUGUGGGGAGACCAUCUAUGUAAUUGGACAAGGAUCAGAUGGCAAGAAGUAUGGUCUAAAUGAUGAGGAUAUUGAAGCAUCUGUAGCGACUGUCAAAAGUUUAGCUGAGCAGAUCUAUUCUGAUCUGAUCCUCCUCCGAGAACGGCAGGAGGCAGGAGGAAAGGUAGCCGAUUACCUGGUGCGGAAGCGAGUUGGAGAGAAUGACUUUUUGGAGGUCAGGGUGGCAGUGGUUGGGAAUGUGGAUGCUGGUAAGAGCACAUUGUUAGGUGUACUAACACAUGGUGAACUUGACAACGGACGAGGAUUUGCACGGCAGAAACUUUUCCGUCAUAAGCACGAGGUUGAAUCUGGGCGGACAAGCAGUGUUGGCAAUGAUAUCCUGGGCUUUGACAGCACUGGGGAUGUUGUGAAUAAACCAGACAGUCAUGGCGGUGGAUUAGACUGGACCAAAAUCUGUGAGAAAUCCUCAAAAGUCAUCACCUUCAUUGACCUGGCAGGACACGAGAAAUACUUGAAGACUACAGUGUUUGGAAUGACAGGACAUCUACCAGACUUCUGUAUGUUGAUGGUUGGUAGUAAUGCUGGAAUUGUGGGCAUGACCAAAGAGCACCUGGGACUUGCACUGGCUCUCAACGUUCCUGUGUUUGUUGUGGUGACAAAGAUAGACAUGUGUCCAGCUAAUAUCUUACAAGAAACACUGAAAUUGCUGCAGAGGCUGCUGAAGUCUCCAGGCUGCAGGAAGAUCCCCGUCCUGGUCCAAAACAAGGAUGAUGUGAUUGUUACGGCAUCAAACUUCAGCUCUGAAAGGAUGUGCCCAAUUUUCCAGAUCUCUAACGUCACUGGGGAGAACCUCGAACUGCUGAAGAUGUUUUUGAACUUGCUGUCACCAAGGACAAGUUUCAAGGAGGAUGAGCCGGCAGAGUUUCAGAUUGACGACACGUAUUCUGUCCCGGGCGUUGGGACAGUGGUAUCUGGAACAACGCUAAGAGGUUUGAUCCGUUUGAAUGACACAUUACUUCUAGGACCUGACCCACUGGGGAACUUCAUGCCCAUCGCGGUGAAAUCAAUCCACAGGAAACGAAUGCCAGUCCGGGAAGUACGAGGUGGCCAAACGGCAUCCUUCGCUCUGAAGAAAAUUAAGCGCUCAUCCAUCAGAAAGGGAAUGGUGAUGGUUUCUCCAAAACUUAAUCCUCAGGCAUCCUGGGAGUUCGAGGGAGAAAUUCUUGUAUUGCACCAUCCAACAACCAUCAGCCCUCGCUACCAGGCUAUGGUGCACUGUGGCAGCAUUCGUCAGACAGCCACCAUUCUGUCCAUGAGCAAAGAUUGUCUGAGGACAGGAGACAAGGCCACUGUCCAUUUCCGCUUCAUUAAAACCCCCGAAUACCUGCAUGCUGAUCAGCGCCUUGUCUUCAGAGAGGGCCGGACCAAAGCAGUGGGAACUAUAACCAAGUUAAUCCAGACCACGAACACAUCACCAUCGAACACCAAACCACUCCAGCUGAAGAUGCAGUCAACAAAGAAGGGGGCCUUAUUGAAGAAGGAGGAAGUGUCGGCAGCAAGUGGUGCAACUGCCGAGGAGGGUCUGUCUUCGGGACAGGUGCCAGCUCUGUACACACUGAGCCAAACGCAGCCCAAAGGUGGCGGAGGGAGAAGACGCGGAGGCCAGCGACACAAGGUGAAAUCACAAGGAGCAGCAGUGACUCCAGCUAGUGGCUACUAGACGCACAACAGGACUACAGUAAGGAGCAACACACAAGGACAAACUCUCUCUCCCUUGCUUUUUUUCCCCCUCCUCCCUAUCUCCCUCCCUCUCUGAUUAUCCUAAAGAAUUAUGGAAGUAUCUGGAGCCAAUCAGGAAGUGACAUGGACACUGUUCUGUUUUACUUAAAAGCAUUUUUUGAAUGGGUUUUACAUUUUAAACCAUUUGAAAAUAGUGACUGAUGCAUUUCAAGCUUGUUAAUGUGUCUUUUGAAUUUUAUGCAUAUACCAUUUUUUAAAUAUAAAAUUAAAAAUAAUCAAAAGUUUGCUUUGGUUGAGCUGAAAAUGUGCAAGAUAAAUGCAACCAGGCUGUCGUGCGAGCUCUCUCUCAGUAUUCAAAGUUAUUCCUUCCCUUGUCUUUUAAUUGGAUUGGGCUGAGCUAUUGGUUCAUUUGGUCUCUUGCCGAUUGCUUGGCUGCGAUCUAAAUAAACUAUAAAUUAUUGGUUUUAUUGAUUUUUAUUGGUUUGAAUUGCCAAUGAGGUCAACAAGCUCCAGGUAUUACUUUGAGACCCCUAUAAUCGGUGCUGCAUUAAGGUCAAUAAAUUAAAUCUGUUGCUGAGAGAGGAUGACAAAUCUAUUGUCAUGUUAUGAAAAGAAAUCAACUCCCAAUUGGUGUUUGGGAUCUUGUAGCCAUGUUAUUGGUUGCAGGAAGUGCAGACACAGCUUUGUCAUCCUCAUGUCUGUUUUUAAGGAUGGUGCAAUCUUGCCUUAAACCUGUUCUGUAGCAAAGUGAGUAAAGCUGGGGGACGUCCAUAAAAGCUUUUUUGAGACUGCUGUGCCCUAAAUCCUUUUGAAUGCGUUCCCUGUUCAAACAUUUUUAAUGUCUGUCCUGAUGUUAUUUAGAGCUUGUUUAGAUGUGAGCAUGAACAGGUAAAGCUGGUAUGCAAAUCUCACCUCAUAACUGAUCAUAUCUACAUCUGGGACUGGGUUAACAUUGCUUGAAAUGUGAAUUCCACCCCACCCCCCAAACAUAAUUGACUUUUAUGUUGGUUGGAUGAGUUGAGCGACCAUCUUGUUCAGGAGAAUAAAUGCCCACUGAACGUCACAGGACCUGGUCCUAGUGUUCAUUUGGUUCUCACUUGUCCCCAUAUCAAACUUGAUCCUCCACCCCCCACCUUCCCCCUCCCCAUUCUCUCCCUAAAGGACUAGCCCAUUAAGCAUGUCGCAUUAGCUACAUCGAAUUGUAGCCUGUACAGAAACCUCCCCUUUCAACUUUAAGCAUCUUGGCUGUCUCUACCAAAGCAGCUAUUGAGAAAAUUCAGGGGAAGAAAAGCAUGAAGACAUUCUACUGCUCCUAUAUCAGCAGUAGGCCUCUGUAAUCCUCUUGUCUGGUGCCAAACUAGGUUGGUCAAUUUGAAGAGUAAUGGAAGGGUGUGUAUUCCUCCUUUCAGGGUAUGUGUAACAAGCAUCCAGUUGAUUAAAGAUGCUUUACCUGAAA